UUUUGUGUGUAUAAAAGGUAUUUUAUGACUAUCCAAUUAAAAAUUUGUCUUUUUCUAACGUUAGAUUAAGUUUAGGCAUCAUUUAAAUAGCAUGCCAAAUAAGUAGGUAGAUCAUAAUGUUGAUUCAGUAGGCAUAUUUGGAUAGAGUGAAUAGAGACCCACAGACGGUAAUUUAGGUUGCACAAUUCCUUUAUCCCUAAAAAUCCAACAUGGCGUAAAUAAGAAAGUAGUUCUACACCUAGCGUGCUAUGGAAAUGCUAUGGAAAUUUUGAUAACAGAUUCAGGUUCUCGAAAAGAGUGCCCAUAGAAAUUUGUUGCUAGCGGGAUCCCGGAUCAGUCUAUUCCCGACCGUUUGAUGUAGGGAAAAUAAAGACGAAAUUUGACAUUUUCAGUUUUUCAGUAAAUUUUUUAAACAUUUUAAAUGCAUGUUUUUAGUCACAAAAGCCACAUUUAACUUAUACACGAAUUUGAACCACCCUGUACAUAAUAGGUACCAGAAUUGAAGCUCAAAAGUACCUAUAACUACACCUUCUGUCACUUGUAUUACCAUAUUACGUAGGUACAUACUAAAACCAAACCUGCAUUGCGAAUUACUCGAAAAUUACUAAUUUUCCAAAAUGAAGCCCCCUCAGUUACAAAUAAACCACAAUAAAAAUUACCGUUCAGACUUUUUUGUUAUAAUUCAUGGUAACAGCAGGGUACAUUGUACAAUAAUUAUAGUUUUAUCUAACCGCUUCCCAUGUCUUUGAUAGUUUGAUAGUUUUUUUAAAAAGCAAGUGAUCAACACAAAAUAUGAACGCGGAGGGUCUCUUUCCAGCAAAGAAAUCAUUAAGUAGGUAUAUAGAAUAAUUAUAAUAUAUGUGAUGAAUUAAGCUAUAGUUACGCGUUCACUUGAUAAGAAACGUGGAAAAAUUCCGUUAUCGAACUUCUUUGUACGACACAAUACCUACCGAUUAAAUGAGGAUGUGCUUUUGUUCCUUUUUGUUCUCUAAUAUAAUUAAAGUGUUUACGUACAUAUGAUUAUAUUUAUGGUUUCUCUUAAUAAAAACAAUAAACCGAUAAUAAAUUGUUAUAAUUAAACGAAAUUGAUAAGAACUUCGUUACGAUUUGGAGAAUAAAAAAGAAGUACGCUUUCAACUAUUCCUAUUCGUGCAUCGUUCGCAAUCAUGUCACCAACUAUCGAUAUUGUGACAGAACGAGUUAAAUUGGGAGAAGGUCCGCAUUGGGAUAUUCCUACUCAAACCCUCUACUAUGUGGACAUAUUGGGCCAAACCCUUCAUAAAUAUGUACCUUCAACUGAUACUCACGCAAAGGUUAGAAUAGAAGGAGGGCCGAUUGGUUUUGCAGUACCAGUCGAAGGGAAAAAGAACACGUUUGUAAUUGGGCUUGGUCGAAAAAUUGAGGAAAUUGUCUGGGACGGCGUCAGCAGUCAUGUUCAACACACCAAAACGCUCGCAGCCGUUGAUAACGAAGAGGGUUUUACUAAUAACAGAUUUAACGAUGGGAAAGCAGAUCCUACGGGGAGACUAUGGGCAGGAACGAUGGGCCCUGAACCUGUGGUCGGACAGCUCGAGCCAUAUAAAGGCACAUUGUACACUCUGGAUUGUAACCAAGUCAAAGCCCAUUUGAAAACCAUAAGUAUCUCAAAUGGGCUCGCUUGGAACGUUCAGCUGAAGAAGAUGUACUACAUUGACUCCCCGCUCAGAACCGUCGACCAAUUUGACUAUGACAUGGUCAAAGGCGAAAUAUGCAACAAAAAGGUCAUUUUUGACUUUGAAAGGAAUAACAUCCCUGGUAUACCCGAUGGAAUGACUAUCGACAGUGAUGGUAACUUAUGGGUUGCUGUCUUCAGUGGUGCUAGAUUAUUAAAAGUGAAUCCAAAUACAUCAGAGUUACUCACAACAAUCCAUUUUCCUGCGCAGCAGAUUACAUCGGCGACUUUUGGUGGCCCAAACUUGGACGAGUUGUAUGUGACUAGUGCCCAAUUGGUCAUCGAUGGGAAAACUCAACCGGCUCCAGCAGGUGCUGUUUUUAAAGUUACUGGUACCGGAUCCAAAGGAGUGCCCUGCGUCAAUGUUAAGCUUUAGUCUUUAUAUAUGUUCCAAUGUUUAAUAAAAAAUCGUAUCACGGGUAUGCCUAUAGGCACUAAACUGCAACUUUACAAGGUGUA